GGGUGGGGGCGGGGUAUGCAGCUUCUAGCGUUAGCGGUGGCUGGGGCCGGGAGCGCGCGAGCGCGCGCCUUGCUCGAAGCAAAGGGGAGGGGCGGGGAAGUCGCGAGGAGGAGUCCAGCAAAAGUUCGAGCUCAGAGGCACCGGCUGCUGAGCGCGUGCCGAGGCGGACGGGGGAAGGAGGCGUGUCGAGUAGCGUGGAGGGAAGUUGUGGGUAGGGGCGGGUGGAACAACGCGAAAGGCAGAAAGAGGUGGGUCGAUAAGGCAGAGUGAGCGCGCCGGGUGGUGAGCUCCUGCUAGCAGGGAGGCUAAAGAAGAGUGUGAGCGUAGAGGAGAAGAAGGAAGAAAGCAAAUAGGUUAGAAAAUGUGUAUCAUAGUGGUAUGGGCGGGCGCUAGGACCCGGCGUCGAGAAGAUGCGGCUUUGGGGCUGCCGGGUUCGCGCUCCCCUGGAGGCAACGCAGCAGUGCCAGAGGUCUUUGGCCGGGACGAAACACUGCAGGGAGGGAUGACUUGUCUUCAGCCGUCCUCGGCUUGAAUUUCCCUACGCAGAAUUCUGUAUUCCUUCCCGCCUAUUGCAGCGGGAUAGAGCUCCGGUCUCGGAUGGCACAGCCUCUCCUCCUGCUCCGCGGUUCCUUCUUGGCUCCACAGCCCACCCUUUAGCACCCCUGAGCCCCUGAGCUAAGUGGUCGAGGCCGUGGCGUGGCCCGGCUGCUGAUUGGCGAAGACGAGGGGGGGGCGGGGCUGUGGGAAACUCUGGGCCCCCGAGGUUCUGUGGUUAUUUCCCGCCAUGUCGUUUGUGGAGAGCGGCAGGCGUUYGGCUCCGCGGCGUCGCGGUCUUGGCACCCCAGCACCUUUCUCUCGGCCUUUGUAUUCUGUAUUCUCUCAGGGGGACAGCUGGGGUGAGGGCGAAGUUGAUGAGGUGGAAGGAUGCGAUCAAGUGGCCCGUGACUUGCGAGCGGAGUUCUCAGCCGGGGCGUCGUCGGAGCCCAGAAGGGGCUCCCAGCUUCUCCCGCCGGACGGCGGUGGGUCGCCGGUCCUACCCGACAAACGCAAUGGCAUUUUCCCCGCAGCUACGCGUAGCCGGGCCCAGGCUCGGCGAUGGCCGAUCCAGGUCCUGUCUAUUCUCUGCUCGUUGCUGUUCGCCAUCCUCCUCGCUUUCCUCCUCGCCAUCGCCUACCUGAUCGUUAAAGAGUUGCAUGCUGAGAAUUUGAAAAAUGAAGAUGAUAUAGAUACUGGACUAUUAGGAUUCUGGACUCUACUUAUAAUAUCCCUAAUUGCUGGAUUCUCCUGUUGCAGCUUUUCUUGGACAGUUACAUACUUUGAUUCUUUUGAACCAGGAAUGUUUCCUCCUACUCCUCUUUCACCUGCCAGGUUCAAGAAACUGACUGGACAUUCUUUCCACAUGGGCUAUAGCAUGGCAAUUUUGAAUGGCAUUGUAGCUGCUCUUACUGUGGCAUGGUGCCUCAUGUGAAACCACACUGGAAUGAUAUUUUGGCAAAAUUGUCAUUAUUUUGUAAUAACAGAAAAAAAAAAACAUCGCCUGCUCAGAAUACUAAGAAGUCAUUAUAUGGUUCAGAUACAUAUCAUCAUCAUCAUCAUCAUGAAGGAUCUUUUAAAACAUCAUUCUGGGGUCUAGGCAUUGAAAAUAUCUUGAGCAUUAAGUUUCGAGUACUUUUUAAAAGUAUAAGAUUCUUACCUCAUUCUUUUACUUUUGUUUGUGUGUUUCUUAUAAAAUAUAGAAAACAUUUUAAUGGAAAUCAAACUUGGACACUUGAAUACAGGAUAAUGCUUACCUUUCCAUGUAUAUAUAUAUACUACAAUUUUGCUAAGAAAUACUGUUAAUUGAGAUAGAAAUAUUUCUUUCUUACAUUUUACAUUAUGAAAACAAACUACCUACUUUCCUGACAUUUUAUAGAAGCUACUUUUAAAUAAAAAUAUUUAGUUUUUGAUAUUCAUAUAAUAGAAGGUGCAUUUAUAUCUUUUAUAAGGCAUAGUUCCUUAUGUUUUUUAACAUAUUUUCCUACUACAUUUUGAAUCUACAUUUUUUUUAAUUAUUGCAUCUAGACAACUUUGAAUGUUAUUUCUUGGCUUGUGCAAAACUAAUACCUGCCAUUUAUACUAAAUAUUUUUGUCUGAAACUAAUAAGCACAUUGAUGUAAGUUUAAAAUUAAGUAAACUUAUUUGUAAAAAAAAAAUUACUGAAAAGAUAAACUAUUUCAGUCAUUAAACUAUUAAGAAUUCGAGACUAUUCAUUGUUUCUAUUUUCCAACAUUUUACAUAUUUAUCUUAUUGUAAAUAUGGUUACUUCAUCAGAACUUAUUUUGUUUUUAAUAAAUGAA